AAGCAGUCUUCUUCUGGCGGAUGUGGAGAAAAUUAGUGCUCUUCGGUCCAAACAUUUUCCACGUAAAUUUUUAAAAGUUCAUAUUUCCUUGCUGUUGAGGUGCUUUGAAGUUUGAAGAGAUGUAUUCAUCAUCAAGUAGGCGCGAAUACAGCGCAAUAUCACUUGGUGAUGGCCAGGGACAUUAUGACAAUGGUAAAGCAAGGCGACAAUCCUGCUGGAGAAGUUGGAAAAGACUUUCUAGUCUUCAAAGGAGCAUCCUCUUAGUUGCCACAUGCUUGGGUAUUGUAGCUGUAGUCUAUUUGGGACCUAUCAUAUACCAUGAUAUCAUGGGCACAGAAAUAGAUAGAAUGACUAGAAGGAAGAUUGGUGAUGGGACUGGAGAGGGUGACUCUGUUACAAGGAAGAUUGUUGACUUUGAGGAAAUUAGAAACAAUGCGAAUAAGCCAAUAGACCAAGUGGCAGUGGAUGAUUGGAAAAAGCCUAAAAGAGGACCCCCUAAAAAUGUCAGAAACAGAACAAAGGAACAUGUUCAGCCUGACAAAAUGAUUAUCACAGGGCCCCAGAAUCCAAGACAAAGGGCAGUAGUUGAAGCAUUCAAGCAUUCUUGGAAGGGCUAUAAGGAAUAUGCAUGGGGGCGUGAUGAACUUCAGCCAAUCAGCAGAAGCUAUAGCACAUGGUUUGGUGUUGGUUUGACUUUAGUUGACUCACUAGACACAAUGUACAUCAUGGGCUUAAAAGAAGAAUUUGAAGAGGCCAGAGAAUGGGUCGCUAACUCCCUAGAUUUCAACAUUAACAAAGAUGUGAAUCUGUUUGAGAUAACAAUUAGAAUCCUGGGAGGCCUCCUCAGUGCAUACCAUCUGACCAAGGACACUGUAUUCCUAAAUAAAGCAAUUGACCUUGGGGACAGAUUGCUGCCUUGUUUUGAUAAGAGAUCAGGGGUGCCUUUCUCUGAUGUGAAUCUAAAGUCUGGCUAUGCACAUGCUCCUAAGUGGGGACCAGACAGUAGUACAUCAGAGGUGACCACCAUACAGCUGGAGUUCAAAGAUCUCAGCAGGAUCACUGGGGAUCAUAAAUAUGAGGAAGCCACUGACAGUGUUGCUCAGCAUGUCCAUGAAUUACCAAAGAAGGAUGGGCUGGUCCCAUACUUCAUCAAUGCCAAUACGGGCAGGUUCCGUCAAGGGGGUACACUUACAUUUGGGGCUCGUGCUGACAGCUAUUAUGAGUAUCUACUUAAACAGUGGCUGCAGACAGGCAAAACUAAUGACAUCUUAAAGAGUGACUACUUAGAGGCAGUGGUAGGAAUGGAAAAGCAUCUCCUGAGAGAGUCAGAGCCAAAUAAACUUACCUUUAUAGGAGAACUCAUUGGAGGCCAUUCAUUCAGUCCAAAAAUGGACCACUUAGUGUGUUACUUCGCAGGGACUUUAGCAUUAGGAGCAGUGAAUGAAUGUCCCUCAGAGCAUUUAAAUCUUGCUAGACGUCUAACAAAAACAUGUUAUGAGAUGUACGCUCAAAUGCCUACAAAGUUAAGUCCUGAGAUAGCACAUUUCAAUAUGAUUCCUGGUGUAAAGGAGGAUCUGAUUAUAAAGGGAGCAGACAGUCACAAUCUACAAAGACCAGAGACGGUUGAGUCAUUAUUUUAUAUGUACAGACUUACAGGGGAGCAGCAAUACAGAGAGUGGGGCUGGAAAAUAUUUGAAGCUUUCGAAAAACAUACCAAAGUACCAGGAGGUGGUUAUACCUCUAUACAUAAUGUUAAAGAUGCUCAAAAUCCUCGCCCUAGAGACAAAAUGGAAAGCUUUUGGCUAGGAGAAACAUUAAAAUAUUUUUAUUUGUUAUUUAGCGAUGAUGAAUCUUUAUUACCUUUAGAUAAAUAUGUGUUUAAUACUGAGGCCCAUCCUCUACCUAUUUAUACUUCAUAGCAACAGAAAAAACAGUUAAGAGUUUAAAAAGCUUGAUAUUCCAGUUAAAAGAUGACAUAGCCUAUGUAUGUGUGUUUAAAUGUUUUGCUUCAAACACACUUUUUACAUCAAGUUUACUCAUCAUUAUUCUCCCAUAACCACCAAUAAUGUAAUACUUUAUAACAGUAGCUAGUCUAGCUACAAACCCCUGUGAACCCCUCCCCCCUCUACUUGACCUCACUCCUCAAACUUGUUGGGAUGCAUAUUUGGGGGUUUAAAAGGGCUUCUAGCAAGACUAAACUGAAACCUGAAGGUAAACUUUUUGUCAUAUUAAAGUCUUUUUUAUGAAUGUUUUUUGGGAGAGCUUAGUAUACUGUAAGAAGUAGUUUUGUUUAAUAAAACAU